GGCGCGGGCGGAUCUUCGCUGGUCUCUGAGUGGCCUGACCCGGCUCCUCCCUCGGUCCCAGACAAGUUUAUCUUGUGACUGCCGCAGCUGCUUUUUCCUUCCUAGAUUGCCGAGCCUUCUAGCCCACGAUGUGUUUCCUGGCCGCCACGAUCCUACUGCUGUCGCUUGUCUCCACCACCCAGGCCGAGCCCCUGCACUUCAAGGACUGCGGCUCUCAGGUUGGAGUCAUAAAGGAGGUGAAUGUGAGCCCGUGUCCCACGCAGCCCUGCGAGCUACACAAAGGCCAGUCUUACAGCGUCAAUGUUACCUUCACUAGCGGCACCCAGUCCCAGAACAGCACGGCCCAAGUCCACGGCAUCCUGGCAGGGCUCCCCGUCUUCUUCCCGAUUCCUGAGCCUGACGGUUGUAAGUGUGGGAUCAGCUGCCCCAUCCAGAAAGACAAGACCUACAGCUACCUGAACAAGCUGCCGGUGAAGAGCGAAUACCCUUCUAUAAAGCUGGUGGUGGAAUGGAAACUUCAAGAUGACAAAACCCAAAACCUCUUCUGCUGGCAGAUCCCAGUAGCGAUCAAAUCCUAAGCUCUUUGGCGCCUGUGCCUGUGUGGGGUGAGAGGCUGUGGACGGAGGGAGGGGAAGAAAUAGAAGAGAGACCAGACCCGACAUUGAAUCAGUGCCCUAAGAUGAACAGAAUUUCAGCCAGGCAGUGGUGGAACAUGCCUUUAAUCCCAGCUCUCUGGAGGCAGAGGCAGGUGGAUCGCUGUGAGUUCAAGGCCAGCCUGGUCUACAAAGUGAGUCCAGGACAGCCAGGGCUACACAGAGAAACCCUGCC